AUGGCUGAAGCGAGUCUCUUCAUCAAACACGAAUCCGACGACCACCUCAACCCUUUCAUGAUGUCGCACUCUGGUUACUCCAUGGGUAACCAGUUUGGCAACCACCCCAACGAGGGAGUGGACCCCUCCGACCUGACCAUGCAGCAGCAAAAUGGCUUCAUGCCGUACUCUUAUGGAUCACAACAGAACAUGUCCAACAGUUUCAACUUUGGCAACUCUGGCAUCGACACGGAUGAGCUGCUGGAUCUGGAAAUCCCCGGCCAGAAUGGCCACCAGCGUGAUAAUAUGAACUAUCUCCAAGACCAGUCCGCCGGUGGCAUCGCUAUGAGUCACCAGAGCCAGAUGUCGCACAUGUACUCCAACACUCCCGACAAUGCGCCCAUGGCCAGUCCUUUCGUCCAAAGCGGUUUCAACUUUGAUCAAUAUCGCAUGAACCAGCAGAACCCGCACAUCCAAAAUGCCAGCUCCUUCGACCAGCAGUACCUCGGCACCAAGCGCCAGAGCCUACAGGGAAUGGAUCGUCCUUCAUCUGACGGCCGCAGCCCCAUGACGCCCAAGACACCCGCCUUGGGCUCCUUGACCCUGGGCACCCCCGAGUCGGGCAGCUUCCCAUCCCAACCCAUUCGCACCGGACUGCAGGCACGCCACCAAAAGACUCUGUCAAACCAGUGGGACGGAACCCCGGGUAGCGCUCAGUCAUACGUCGAAUCAUCUCCCAUCUCCUCCCCUCCAAACCACCAAUCCCACCACGCUGGUAUCUCUGAGAUCAUCAAAUCCGGCAAGCAUGCUUCACUGCCCGCCAAGGUCGACUCCCAUCUCCCCGGGAGUGGAGAUCUUGAAUCCCAGGAAGCCAAGCGUCGACGCCGCCGUGCAUCGCACAACCUGGUGGAGCGCCGCCGCCGCGAUAACAUCAACGAACGGAUCCAGGAUCUGUCCCACCUGGUCCCCCAGCACCGACUGGAAGAUGACAAGGUCCGCAAGCAACUUGUGAACACCAGCGCUCUCUCCAUGGCCGGUGCCGGUGGCAGCGCCGCCACAUCACUCCUCGCCGGUGGCAACGGCCGCCGCGCCACACCCGGCAACAUUACCAUGGGUCUCCCGAUCGAAGAGAAGGAGAAGGGGCCCAACAAGGGCGACAUCCUCAAUGGUGCUGUCAGCUGGACCCGGGAUCUGAUGUGGGCCCUGCACGUCAAGUACCAGCAGGAAGCGGAACUAGCCGAGCAAAUCGCCAACCUCGGCGGAACCUGGCCCUUCGAGCCAACAGAGGAUGAGAAGCGCAUGCGCAGCGAGAUCCUCGACGCCCUCGAGAAGAACGACCCCAGCUCCUUCAGCUACACCCGCGGACCGGGCAGUGGUCUGCGCGUUCCCAAGCACACCAACUUCGCUGGCGACGCCGUGCAAGGCGGCGACAUGUCUGGCUUGACGCCGCCUAGCCUGAGUCCUUCGUUCCACAGUGGUGCCAGCAGUGCCAACGGUGCUGGCCAGCCUCAGUACUGGAACAGUGCCGGCCAUCCUGCUAUGAGCUUCAAGGAGGAGGAUGAGUAUGGCAUGGAGAUUUAG